AUGUCAGGCCGGAGUGGGAAGAAGAAAAUGUCCAAGCUGUCCCGGUCAGCCAGGGCCGGUGUCAUCUUUCCAGUAGGUCGGUUGAUGCGUUACCUGAAAAAGGGGACAUUCAAGUACCGGAUCAGCGUUGGUGCUCCUGUCUACAUGGCCGCCGUCAUUGAGUACCUGGCAGCGGAAAUCCUAGAGUUGGCUGGCAAUGCUGCAAGGGACAACAAGAAGGCCCGGAUAGCCCCCAGACACAUCCUGCUGGCCGUCGCCAACGACGAGGAGCUCAACCAGCUGUUGAAAGGAGUGACCAUCGCCAGUGGGGGUGUCCUGCCGAGGAUUCACCCUGAACUGCUGGCCAAAAAACGAGGCACCAAAGGAAAGUCAGAAACUAUCCUCUCCCCACCCCCAGAGAAAAGAGGAAGGAAGGCCGCGUCGGGCAAGAAGGGGGGUAAGAAAUCCAAGGCCGCCAAGCCACGGACGUCCAAAAAGUCCAAACCAAAGGACAGCGAUAAGGAAGGAACAUCAAAUUCCACUUCAGAAGAUGGACCGGGGGACGGUUUCACCAUCCUGUCUUCCAAGAGCCUCGUUCUGGGGCAGAAGCUAUCCCUGACCCAAAGUGACAUCAGCCAUAUUGGCUCUAUGAGGGUGGAGGGCAUCGUCCACCCAACCACAGCCGAAAUCGACCUCAAGGAAGAGAUAGGUAAAGCCUUGGAAAAGGCAGGGGGUAAAGAGUUCUUGGAAACAGUAAAGGAGCUUCGCAAAUCCCAAGGCCCUUUGGAAGUGGCGGAAGCUGCCGUCAGCCAAUCCAGUGGACUCGCAGCCAAAUUUGUCAUCCACUGUCACAUCCCCCAGUGGGGCUCCGACAAAUGUGAAGAGCAGCUGGAAGAGACCAUCAAAAACUGCCUGUCCGCCGCCGAGGACAAGAAGCUCAAGUCCGUCGCCUUCCCGCCUUUCCCCAGUGGCAGAAACUGCUUUCCCAAACAGACGGCCGCCCAGGUGACCCUCAAGGCCAUCUCAGCCCACUUCGACGACUCGAGCACGUCCUCGCUGAAGAAUGUGUACUUUCUGCUGUUUGACAGCGAGAGCAUCGGCAUCUACGUACAGGAGAUGGCCAAACUGGACACCAAGUAGCUCUCCAGUGGGGAGAGUCAGGGUCACGUCUCCAGAGUGGGGGUUUUAUUUUUUAAAAGGAUUGAGGACGGGUGACGUGGCAGGGGAGCGGAGGGCGGCUGAGAGGGGAGCAGAGGCAGCGGAACAGGGCCUGACUGCCUGGGGAAGGGGCCCAGCGCAUUUUUUUAUAUUCUCUUUACAAAAAGGCCUCUUCCGAAAUUAACCAGGUCUCCACCAAGGGUUUUUUUCCCAUGUGUUUUCUUCCUGUUGUUUUAGAACUUUUUUUUUAAAAAAACAAACAAACAUAAAAAUAGACCUUGUUUAGAUUUAUAGCAUUGACUUUUACUCUCUCUCUCUCUCUCUCUCUCUCUCUCUCUCUCUCUCUCUCUCACACACACACACACACACACACACACAAGUCUUUUCAAAGUUCUUAAGUGUUUGGUUCCUCCUUUUUCCAAGUCAGGAGGGCAUGACAGCCACUUGGGUGUACUGGCUGUCUCCCUCAGUGGAGAGAAGAUGGGAAAGACGUCCUAGGGUGCUUUUCUCUUCUGUAAUAGGUCCCCUCCCUGACCCCCUAAAAUAUUUGUAACUACACCUAAAAGGGUUUUGCCUUGGGAUUUUUGUUUGUUCGGUUUUGUUUUUUUUUUAAAGAAAAAGAAAAAUGAAAGGAAAAAAAAAUAAAAGAUCCAGUGUCUUUCUUAUAACAUAUCCCUUUAUUGCCAUAUUUCCUCCUCUUGACUGUCUCCACGGGUAGAUUCUUCCAGGGUGUUGUAAAGAAACUGCACAAGGCCUGUCACCCUAGCAUCCCACUAUGCUUUCUAAGGCUCCUGGUCAGCCCGCAUCAUGACGGGCUUUCUGCGGGUGUUCGGUCCUGCCUUCAGCGAGGGUGAGCCUGCUGGCUAGCAUCCACAACAGCAGAGCUGGGGACAAAACUGCCCGUGGGUCAUGAUUCCCUGGGGAGAGACUUAAGUCUUAGCCCCAGCCUGUGCAACUGAACAGAACAGACCUUAGCAACAGCCCAAAUGGACUGGAAGUGCCAGGGAGGCUGGGCAAGGACUCUGCCACCUGUAAGCAGAGGCCAAGGCCAAAAGCAAACAGGAAGAGGCAGAGCAGAGAGAGCCAAGCCUGAAUCUACUGGAGUGGCUUCCCGGUCUCUUCUGGUAUAGGCACUCAAUUUAGGCCAUGCACCAGCAGCUCUUCCCUCCUGGGCGAGCUCACUUGGAUAGAGAAGUCAUUCGUGUACCUUAGCCUUCUGUAGUAGACAUGAUGGCCAGUGAGGACCCAAGUGACAAGAGCUGGCGGGGAAAUCAGCAGCAUAGCUCCCCACCCCCGCUCCCUAUCUCCCAGCCCCAGCAGCAGCCUGUGAGGGUAACCUGGAAAUCACUAGGAAUCGUCCACAGUUGUCCCUCCAGUCUCUGAAGAUCAAGCAUCCAGUACCCUCCCCGAGUCACGGAUCACCGUCCUGGGAUUCCUACAGCAGUGGCAAGCCAGGCUUCUGUCUUAGCACCUCCAGCCUUAUAAACCUCACCCUGCUAGCAUGGUGUUGGAGUGGCUGUUCUCAGAGCCAAGCAACCGCCAUCAACGGGCUCAGCUGCUCCCCCCUUUAAAAGGACUGUCCCAGCUGGCCUUAUUGAUGGUUUUUAUCCCCUCGUGGAACGGUGGGGAGGCAGGAGACCCUUGCCUGUGAAUUCCCUACCACCUGUUGUAUGCAACGCUGCCUUAAUUGCAUGUGGACCCAACGAGUGGAUUGAGCAUAUAGGCCAGGAAAGGCUAGGAGAAAGGUGGUCCACUUAUGCUGCCCCGUAGCUAUGGAACCCUCAUGCCUGCUGGUUAAAGUUUUCCAGGCUUGGCCUGUUGUGGGGAGAAGCACUCACACCCCUCAGAUACUAUAUAAGGAACCCCAAUAAACUCACUGGUUCCCCAGAGUAAAGUGUGACAGAAUCGUGCCUCGGUUUGUCAUUGGAACCUUCCUUAGGAGAUGCGGAUAGAUGUUGUUUAUAUGCCCCCACCCCCACGCCGGGAAGAGAUUUCAGCAACAGAUGGACUAGCUAGAGGGGAACUUUGUCUCUCUGUAAAUGUACCUGUGACUUACAGUCAGAUAAAUAUGGAGAUAAAGGUUCAUGAAGGUUAAAGAGGGUUUCAGGAACAUUACCUGAGCUCAGGAGUUCAAGGCCAACACUGGAGAGAGAGGGAGAGAGAGAGGGAAAGAGUGUUGGGGGGGGGGG